AUGUUCAAACGUUCAGUAAUUCAACAAACCCGCUUGUUUUCCAGCUCUACUUCUAGAUUGGGCAAGAAAGUGUUCUUUGACCCCGCUGUAAAUGGCACCAAAAUCGGCAGAAUUGAAUUCGAACUAUACGACACUGUGGUUCCCAAGACAGCUGAAAAUUUCAGAGCGUUAUGCACUGGCGAAAAGGGCUGGGGUUACAAAGGUGUUCCUUUCCACAGAGUUAUCCCAGACUUCAUGAUCCAGGGUGGCGACACUGACUUGACCAACGGUUUUGGGGGCAAAUCUAUCUACGGUUCCAAGUUCGCCGACGAAAACUUCAUCAAGAAGCACGACAAAGCUGGUUUGCUAUCUAUGGCUAAUUCUGGUCCAAACACUAACGGAUCUCAAUUCUUCAUUACCACUGUACCUUGUCCAUGGCUAGAUGGAAAGCACGUUGUCUUUGGUGAAGUGACGAAAGGUAUGGACGUUAUCAAGGCUAUCGAGUCAUACGGUACUGCUUCUGGUAAACCAAGAGCUGAUAUUGCUAUCGAAGAAGCCGGUGAGUUAUGA